AUGACUUCGGAUAAUCUCAGGACUGCGCUACAUUGCGAGCUCCCCACCUACCGCAUGGUCUGUCGACCUGAACAGUACCGCGUCAGGACCGUCCUGUACCGCUCGAUGCUGCAUCUCACCGAGGCCUUGCAAUUCGCCCUCGCCCCUACGCACACGCCCAAGGUGGAACGUAUUGAGGAGCAAGACUCCGCCGUCUGGGGCAGUAAUGUCGGUUACGCUGAUUCGUCCGACGGCAAAUCUACCCGCGCCGUCACACCACCCCCACAGCCGGACGUGCGCGAGCGCGCGGAAGCUCAAGCGUGCGGCUCUUCGCCGAAGUUCUCCGCGACGAGACGGGUGCCGGCUGGGCGUUGA